CCACUCAUUAUACGGAUCCCCGGACAGCGGGACCAAGACCCAGUCCGAGCAGAGCAUCUUCCUGCUUGACUAUUCUCACCCGCGCCACAAUCGGCCCAUCUUCGCGCGGCUCGCCUCUGUCAGUUUUUCUCGUAAAAACAAACGCGGAAGCCGUGCGCCCCGGGCCCCGCCCGCUUCAAAACAGUGUCACAUUUCAUAACUUUGAGAACUCUUGCAUUUUAUUCAUUAACCCCACGCGCGCGGCUCCGGGUCUGGGAUCCACCUGCCCGCAAGUCUUCGUCGUCCGGGCCAGCCGCGCUUGCCCAUUGUUCUCGCGGUUUCGGGUUUUCGAGCGCUUUUCGCUUUUCGAUUUCGUGCGUUUUGACUCGCGUGGCUAGACCUUGUGCUCACGUGCUCAGUGGAAAAGUGUGCGAGCCCGCCCAGUGACCCUUGGAUGACCGCCGACCCUUCCGAUCCUUCUGCCUACACGAAAGUCCAAAGUGGAUAAUCAACAUGCUUUCGGCAGAUCUCAAUUUUAUUAUUAUGCAGGCAGUUCUUUUACUAUCGGUUUUGGUUAGCAGAUCAAAUAGUGUGGAGAAAAUCAACCAUUCAUUAUUCUUUCGUGCCAGUAAUUACAAUAGUUAUCAAAAUGAUCCGCCACGGCAGUUUAGUCGGAGAAAUGAGCCUUCUACACAGUCAACUACAGUUGGAACGAUAGAUCCUAUGGAGCAAACUGUUGAGCAAAUUCUUUUGUGGCUACAGGGCAAAUAUCUAUCAUCUCACAGAAAAACGCGAGGGGAGAACCAGCAGGCAGUGGCAGGGGCCCAAGAGCCCUCGAGAGUGUACCUGCCUUCCUAUCCGAUGAGCCAGAAGCCGCGGCCGUUCAAGCCGGCCCUGGAGGAUCCAGGAUACGCCCUGAACCCGGACCCCUCUGGAACGUCGCCGCCAGCACCUACAGAAGGCGUCCUGCGAGAGGGCGCCAACAACGGAAUCGACGCGCCGAAGCCCCCUCAAGCCGAGGGCGCCACGUCCGUCGCCCCUCCCAACGACCGGGAGCCCCUGGAGCCGGACAACGGGGCCGCCGGGCAGUCGCCGCCGAACCCGGACGAGCAAGCGGGGACGGAGGGCGCGCCGGGGGUCAACGAGUUCGGCGUGGACCAGAUCAACCCGAACGACGUGAGCCCGGUGGCCGAGUCGCCGGACAACAGCCUCAGCGCCAAUUCCUCGGCGGUGACCGCGGAUUCGGAGCUCAACCACCCGCCGCACAUCCACGAGCUGGUCGUCCAGUGCGCCAAGGAUCAGAUGACCAUCAGUCUCGAGUUCAAUAAAGUUUUCGACGGAGUUAUCUAUUCGAAGGGGUUUUACAGCUCCCCCGAAUGCAGAUACGUUGAGCCAAAUUCAGGGAAAACGAAAUUUGCUUUCAGCGUCAUGCUCAACUCGUGCGGAACCCAGUUCAUCGACGGUAUAAUGGAAGGCAAACAGGCGUACUUGGAAAACGUCCUAGUUCUUCAGGGUGAACCAGGAAUCCAAGAGGUGUGGGACACGAUUCGAGCCGUCCGAUGUCUGUGGGAGGGUAAUCUGAACAAGGCGUUGUCCGUUGCUCUCACGGUAGGAACUCCAAAUGCAGAGUUGGUUGCAUUCAGUGGAGACACAGCAACUGCAAAGCUGGAUAUACAGAUGGGCAAAGGGCCUUUCGCUCCCGCGGCUACAGGCUUAGUGAAGAUAGGUGAGCUGAUGACCCUCGUCGUUACCGUGGAUGGAGACCCUGGGUUCAACGUCCUGGUCAGGGAGUGCAUUGCUCGUGACGAAAACCCGGCCCAAAGUGGGAACAUGGUCCAACUCACCGAUUCUCAGGGAUGCGUCGUCAAGACGAAGCUCCUCGGCAGAUUCCAAACCACCACCAAUCCUGAGACCAACUCUGUCAUCGCUUACGCCUACUUCAACGCUUUUAAAUUCCCUGAUGUGAUGGAUUUGAUCAUCGAGUGUAAUGUCGAUUUAUGUAAAGCAGCGUGCCAACCAUGUCCGAAUCCAAAUCAGAGCGUGGACCCUGGAAAGAGAAGAAGGCGUGAGGUGAACAAUACCUCAUUUGCAACCUCAUCUGAGCCAGUCACGGUGGCGAAGAGAUUGAGGAUAUACACACCUGACGAAAUAGAACCCGCGGCCAGUAGCGUAGUAAUAAAUGUAGGAUCAGCCGCGGAUUCUGUGUGUAUAUCAACGAUUAAUUUCAUCAUAUCUACCGUAGUUUUAGUUUCUUUGUCCAUCGGAUCGAGCAUAAUUAGUGCAACUCUGUACCUGCGAAAUCACCGGAAAUCGCGAUCAGCGUACGUCGUGAAAUGAACCAAACCAUCUCACAGUUACCAACGCUUUGUUACUACGGAGCCAGAUCAAAAUAAUUGUUACCUAAUUUGUUUUAUAAACAAUAAAAAUAUUUUGUUAGCUUA